CAAACCUCUGUUUUGUUUUGUUUUUAUUCCACGGCGGGGUAUUUAAGGUGACUCCUGUCGGUGGAUAGACAGUCAGACUCAAAACUUCGUCAAGAUGUAUAAGGCUGUGAUCGUUGUGUUGUCCGUCUUCCUCCUUGUGGCCGCUGCCAUGGCCAGCCCCAUGCCCGACCCUGGCUAUGGUGGCUAUGGAGGAUACGGAGGCUAUGGUGGAGGAUAUGGUGGAUAUGGCUAUGGUGGUGGAUACGGUUACGGUGGUGGAUAUGGUGGCUAUGGAGGUGGAUACGGAUAUGGUGGUCGUGGAUAUGGUGGCUACGGCGGUGGCUAUGGGUAUGGACGUUAAAGAGCAGCCAGGAGGCAGUCCAGCACAACUUCCCGAGUUUAUUAUUUUAAAGUGUUUUGUCCAAUGCUGUUUUCCAUCGUUUAGUUCCUCAUUUACCCUCCAUAUAAACCUUGAAUAUUUUUGUAUGUAAUGAAAAGAAAUAAAACAAAUUAUAAUGUU